AUGCUCAGAACGACCGUCUUGCAACCAUCCUCUCACUUGCUAGUGCGUCGUGGGCUGCUCGUGCAGACCGUCAGUCGGGCGCCACGCCGCACCUUCGUGUCGGGCUUGGCUCGCAUGAGCCCUACGGCUCUAGACAGCAAGUCUGCCGACGCUAAGGCCGCGGCCGGGGUCGAGGGCGCCCAUAGAAAGGACGUUCCCCAGACUGGUGCAUUGAUCAAGCACGACGCAGUCAGCACCGUGCCUCAAGAGGUUCGCGGAGACUGGGUACUCUUUCAUCCGGUGUAUACCCCAGAGGAACUUCGAUCUGUUCAGAUCAUGCAUAGGGAAGCGAAGACUCUUUCCGACAAAGUCGCUGCCACUUUCGUGCAUCUGUUACGAUGGAGCUUUGACAUUGCGUCGGGCUACAAGCACAAGCCCAUUCCGCCCAAUUCUGCCAUGACUCUAGAAGAAUUGAGAAAGCGCGGCUACAUUAUGGACGAGCGUGGCUGGCUGAGACGUAUCCUCUUCUUGGAGAGUAUCGCUGCUGUACCGGGCAUGGUAGCUGCAACCCUCCGUCACCUCAGGAGUCUUCGUCUUAUGAGACGAGAUUCGGGUUGGAUUCAUACCCUUCUGGAAGAAGCAGAGAACGAGCGUAUGCAUCUCAUGACAUUUAUGACAUUGCGCAAGCCCUCCAUCUGGUUCCGCGCUAUGGUCCUCGGUGCCCAGGGUGUUUUCUACAAUGCGUUCUUUUUGUGUUACAUGAUCUCGCCCAAGACGUGUCAUCGUUUCGUGGGGCACCUCGAAGAGGAAGCAGUGGUUACAUAUACUCGUUGCAUCCAGGAAAUUGAAGCCAAUCGUCUGCCGGGAUGGACGAACCUCCCAGCGCCUGAGAUCUCGAAGGAUUAUUGGCGUCUAGAGCCCGACGCCAAGAUCAUCGAUGUGAUCUAUGCAGUGAGGAGCGACGAGAGUACGCACCGAUUCGUAAACCACAGCUUGGCCAACUUGAACCACGGGUCGGAUGUGAACCCCUUCGCACUCCGUGAGCCCGAUAUGUUCGUGAAGGCCACCAAGCUUGAGUUCAAGCGAGACGAGGCGGAGCACUACGUCCAGGAAUCACACAAGCUCAUUGAAGAAGCUCGAGAGCCGAAGUAA